AUGCGCUUUGGUACUCUGACAGGCGCGGCCCUGGCCGCUGCCUCUGUCUCUUUUGCGAAGGAGAUGCCCAAGGACGAGGCGCGCGCAGCUGAGCUAUAUGAUAGCGGCAAGAUGCACGAGACGAUCAUGGGGAAGAAGAAGGCCUUCUGGAAGUCCGAGAUCGACUCUGGUAUGAUCGACUCGUCGCAAUGGCCCCGGCUCAACUACACCAAGUGUGUAGACGGAAAGGUCGCGGCCAUCCCUGGGGACCCCCACCAUACCUUUCGGUGCAAGAACAUGGAUCUAUAUGACUUUAUCAACCAUGCAGAGCUGGGUUCGCCGUCAUCGGACUCGCAAGGUCGCACUGGUAGCUCUACUUGGGGCUGGACAGAUCCAGAGUCGGGACGAGAGUUCAUUGCCAACGGCAUGUUUGAUGGCACGUCCUUCAUCGAAAUCCUCCCAGAAGGCAAGCUUUUGAAGCUCGGCUUUCUCGAGCUCGAGGGCCACGGUAUCCAGAUCUUUGACAUGACCAAACUUCUCGACAUUACUGCUGCCAAUGCUCCCGUCGAAUUUACGAACGAGAAGGACCUGACCGGCCAUUUCGCCGACCUGCCCCUGGGCGCUACCCACAACGUGGUUGUGAACGAAGAACUUGAAUAUGGUGUCGCCGUCGGAGCUCGUCCGAGGAAUGGCGGCUGCUUCGGUGGCUUGAUCUUCUUCGACUUGUCUGACCCCACCAACCCCGUCAAAAUUGGUUGUGACCCCCAAGAUGGAUACACGCAUGAUGCUCAAUGUCUUGUCUACCACGGCCCUGACAAGAAGUACGAGGGACGCGAUAUCUGCUAUGGCUACAACGAGGACACUCUGACAAUGUACGAUGAGUACGACGUCAUCGGCCCGGCUCGUGACGGAUAUCCUGUCACGUAUAUCUGGGACAUUCGUUCCCUCGAGAAUCCCAAGAACACUGGCCUAUACAAGGGUAACGUGAAGAGCAUCGACCACAACCAGUAUGUCAAGGACGGGCUGGUGUAUCAAUCAAACUAUGGUGCUGGCGUCCGCAUCUACGACGUCUCUUCUGUACCUGAAGACCCUUCGGGUAACAGCGUCUGUGAGAUUGCGUGCCUCGAUAUUUACCCCGAAGAUGACGCUCUCCCUGGCGGCGGUAGCCUCGAGUUUGUCGGUUCGUGGGCCUCCUACGCUCUGUUUGACUCUGGCUACAUUUUCAUCAACACCAUCGAGCGUGGCGGCUUCCUCGCCAAGAUGACCAAGCGGGAGGCCUGCAAGCCGAAGAGCUGUAAUGCUGAUAACUGUCUUCGUGCUCUGCGCUCCAGCAACAUCGAGGGCCGCCUCGAGGAGAGCCGGGAAUUCUGUGGAGAAUUUACCAAGACGUUCGUCGCUGAUGUGGCUGUCGUUCCGGAAUAUGCAGUCAAGGCCUGCCCGACUAACAUCAUCUCGCGGGUCUCGUCGGCUUGCUCCUGCCUGCCUACCAGCGCGUCCAGCUAA